AUGUCACGAUCAAACCAGGUCUACAUUAAUCAAGAUAACGGCGAGUUCGUGUGCCGGCCUUGUGAUCGAUCGUUUUCGACUCUCAAUGGCGCCCUAAAUCAUUGUCAAAAUGCCGCGGUUCAUUCUGGAGAAUGGUGUAACCGAUGCGAGCGACUUUUCGUCUCUCCUGCAGCGUGCGCGGCUCACCAAGCCACUUCUCAUCGUCACAAUAUCUGCCAGCACUGCGACUUGGACUUCUGCAUCUCAGACGACUUAGAGGACCACGAAGUCAACGUACAUCAUCGGUGCACAGAUUGCGGGCUAAAAUUCAUAAAUGACAACAACCUUUAACAGCACAAGCGUGUUCAUCUGGCACGAGACAUCGAGUGCUUGGGCUGCUACCACAAGUUUUCUGAGUUUUCAGCCAUGGUGUUGCAUCUUGAAUCUGGCAACUGCGGAAUUGGCGUGGACAAGGAUGAUAUCGACAAUUUCAUUUUCGACACUUUCGAGUGCGAAGAUUAUAGAAACGGAUGGAUGGACGAGCAUCGAUUUCGUUGUCCCACCUGCGGCACCAGCUUCGGAUUCGUGAGUGCUCUAUUGCAGCACGUGGCAAGUCAAGCUUGC